UAAAAUAUAAGUGAAAUUAGUUGCCAAUCUGUGUGUAUAUCUGUCUAUCUCUGUCUCUCUCUCUCUCUUUCUGUUUGGACAUCCAUUACUGUUGAAUACAAAUCAAACGAACAAAACAAUGUCUCAGUCGAUAUCGUCAUUACUAUUGCUCGUAUCGGUAGUGGUGGUGGCGUCGGUGGCUAUCACUACGGUAUUAUCGGCUGCAACAACCAAAGCGACAACAAAACCAACAACAAAAGCGACAACAAAAACACCGACACUGACAUCAUUGACAACGACGACACCGAAAUCGGCAAAAAAUGACUGCAGUCGUGAUUUUUUUGAACUGGGCGUAUGUAUGGCUAAUCGAUGGGAAUCAUACAAUAUAUUGAAUGCCUUCAAAAAAGAUAACGAUUUUUUCCAAAAACAAUGUUGUCUACUAUGGGAAAGCCACUGUAGUUACACAAAAUUGGCCAAAGUGUGUCCAAAAACACCGAUAGCUAAACAGGCAGAGUUGGAAAAAAUGUUGUCCGGUUGUGUAAAAACUGUCAAAUUUGUAGUCAACGCCGAAAACUGUAAAAAAUUGAAACCUAUUGAACAAAAUAAGGAGGUAUGCAAACCCUAUCUCCCCUGUUUUGAUAUGCCCGUCAAAUUGGAAAUCCCAACCACCACUACCACCACCACCACUACUACUACUACUGCCAGUUCAGAAGAAACAACUACAGGUGCCGAUGAAACAACUACUACAGGAGCCGCUGAGUCAACUACAGGAGCCGAUGAAACGACAACUACUGCAGGAGCCGCUGAGUCAACUACAGGUGCCGAAGAAACGACAACUACUGCAGGAGCCGCUGAGUCAACUACAGGUGCCGAAGAAACGACAACUACUGCAGGAGCCGCUGAGUCAACUACAGGUGCCGAAGAAACGACAACAACAGGAGCCGGUGAGACGUCAACUACAGGCGCUGAGGAAACAACUACAGCAGUAGUAGCCCAGGAAACUACUGCUGCUGGUGCCGAUGAAUCGACUACAGGAGCCCAAGAAACUACUACUACAGGUGCCGAGGAAGCAACUACUACUGGAGCUGUGGAAACUACUGCAGGAGCCGAUGAAACUACUACUAGUGGUUCAUAAUCGGGUAAUGGAUCUAAAAAAUAAGUUAUUUAGUUGAAUAUAUCUAAAUAUAGUCUAAAUAUUUUAGUUUUUUAGUUCAUACAAAACUGAUAAUAAUUAUUAUUAGUUUAAUAUAUUUUU